AUGUCCAGGCGAAGACCGAGUGGAGAGCGAUCGCAGCCAUUUGAUCGGCGCCUCCAUUUGUGGGAAGUGCAACACCAGGCUGCAAAACAGAAGCACAUGCAAGCAAGGCAAGAAAAGGAGAUGCAAGAGCUGGAUGAAUGCACUUUUCAGCCAUCCAUAAAUGCGCGCUCCGAGUACUAUGCCAGACGGUCUCGUAGCUGCUUCGUUGAGUCCCUGCCAGAACGUUUGUACCACGAGGCUGACAAGCGGGCGAGCCUGAGGAACAAAGCCAAGGAGCUCAUGGAGGCAGACGCCUUGUGCUCCUACACCUUCCAGCCCAACAUCAACCCGAGCAGAGGAGCCAAUAGAGCGCCACUACACCUUCGAGCUGAGGAGCUUCGCCAAAGACGCGAGCAGAGAGUGCGCAGUGCGCAAAUAGCCGAGGAGAGACGCUCUGGCAGCUUGUUCCAGCCAAAGAUCUCCAACCGCAGCGAGCGGAUCGUUCAGAAGAAGCGUGACAUGCUGUACAGGUGCGCAUCACAGGGCCAGGUCGAUUGCCUGAGGCAGCUUGGCCCUGUUGAGGAACGACUCUAUGCCGAGGCACACGAGAAAGAGCAGCGGCGUGCUGCACUGCAGGACUUUCACCAAGAGUUGGUACAAUCCUUCCCCAGCGUUGACGACACGUCGAGGCCCAUAUGCUUCUUGUCGGUGAGUGCUUUUGUCUUUGCAACAGUCCUGCGGCGACACAGCUGCUAA